AUGUCUGUUGCAUUGGCACGUUAUCUUCGAUGGCUUGGAGUCAAAACAAGGAUCUUCCAUUUGGGCGACUACAGACGUGCCACCAUCCCAUUUGGCGAAGAUAUGCCCGAUGACUAUUUUUACGUCAAUGCAACCGCUUCAUCGGUCUUACUUCGCCAAAAGAUCGUUCGAAAAUGCCGGGAAGAUAUUUACCAUUUCUUGAACCAUGAGAAUGGCCAAAUUGCGAUCUAUGACGCCGUGAACCCAUUAGCCUCAGGCCGGCGGUCGCUCGCGAAGGAGUUUGCCAAGCAUGAUAUCGAGACCCUUUUCAUUGAGUCCCGGUGCGACGAUAAAAGAAUCAUCGAAGAGAACGUUCGCAGGGUUAAGAUUUCAUCUCCAGAUUACGUUUCAUGGAACCCAGAGGACGCAAUCAAGCAUUAUCUCAAUCGAAUCUCCUCACGGAUCCCUCAAUUCCAGUCAAUGGAAGAGAAGGAUCUGAACUAUAUCAAGAUGAUCAAUGCAGGGGAGAGGCUGAUAGUGAACAACCGAAGUUUUGGAUACUUAUCUAACCGCAUCGUCUUUUAUCUUCUGAACCUUCACAUCAAAUCGAGACGGACAUAUUUUGCUCGGGCUGGCGUCUCAGUAGAUGCCGACUCUUACAAAGCCGACGUGUCUCUCUCAGAUAAAGGUGAGGAUUAUGCAAAGAAAAUGACCGAGUGCUUGCUGGCCCAUCGGGAAGCUGAAAAACAAGCAAUGGUCGCCCAAGGAGACACGGGCUAUGAACCGCGGAGCUUGAAGGUUUGGACUUCGACUCGACGUCGGACUGUAGAAACCGCAAGGUAUCUCCAUGAGCAAGGAUACAAAGUUCGCCAACGAUCGCAAAUGAGUCAACUCAACCCGGGAGUCUGCGAGAAGAUGUCGGAAAGGCGUAUUCGAGCUGAGUAUCCCGACGAAGUAUCGAAGCACGAACUCGAUCCAUACCACCAUCGUUAUCCUCGCGCCGAGUCGUACCAUGACCUCGCUGUUCGCCUGGAGCCGAUCAUUCUCGAAUUAGAGCGAGAGCAAAAUGAUCUGCUCAUUAUAGCGCACGAGAGUGUCUUGAGGGUUUUAUAUGGUUAUCUCAUGGCUUGUAACGCCGCAGAUAUCCCAUUCCUGGAAUUCCCUCGCGAUGAAAUCAUCGAGAUCAUCCCAGAAAGCUACCAAAACGAAGCUCAACGAAUCCACAUCCCUAAUCUCCCAGAGGAAAUAAUUCCUGCCUCACCAGAAGACUUGAAGAUUCCAGUACCUGCAAGUGGGGUGGUGUCCCCUAUGCAAGGACUGGGCACUCCCGCAGAUGGACUGGCAACGCCACAGAGUGGCACCCGUACGCCUCGUGAACCUGAACGAAUCUCCCAACAACAUGUUGAAGACGUUGUCUAG